GAGAAGGUGAAGAAACAGAACCCAACACUCUCUCCCAGACACAGCUUUUUCCUCUCUUUGCGCCAAUUAUUCAACUUUCUCUCUCUACUUUUCUCUCUCUUCCCUCAUUUUCAUGUGUCGCUCUCUUCUCUGAAAAGACAAAACCGUGGAUCUAUGAAUCUCUUCUUCCUUCUUCCAUUUUCUCCUCUCCUUUUCUCUUCUUCUAUCUCUCCCUUCAACACCCAUCUUCCAAUUUCUUCUUCUUUUCUCUCCUGAUUCAAGAAAUUAGGUUUUCAUUUCCUGAUUCUGUUGAUUCCCUUCAGAUCUAAUCCCCUUUUUAAUACCCAUUUCCGCCUCCCCUGCAAAUCCCAUCUCUGUUUUCUGCUUCCCCUUUUGAUUUCAUCCAUACCCAUCUUCAAUUUCCUUCAAUUUCUGUAGUUUUUUCUGUUUCUGGGUUUGUUCUUGAUAAUGUCGUCCUUGCGCUUAGAUCUGACAUCUAAGAUCUACCCAGAACCGGACUCUGUUUUCUCUGUUAAUGAUCACUUUGAUCAUCUUCCGGAUUCCCUUCUUCUUCUUAUUUUCAAUAAGAUCGGUGAUGUGAAGGCCCUUGGUCGAUGCUGCGUUGUUUCUCGAAGAUUUCACUGCCUUGUGCCUCAAGUGGAGAACGUUGUUGUUCGUGUGGAUUGUGUUAUUUCUGAUGAUGAAUCGUCUUCUUCCUCUUCCUCCUCUGGUAAAUCUCGUGGUCCCUUUUUCAAUAUUUUCCGGUUUGUAUUUGGCGGCAUUGUAAAGCCCCUCCAAGCGUUGGGUCAGUUUUUGGGUCAGACACGAGCGUCAUCGAGUUUAGCCUCGUCUUCCUCUACUUCGUCUCUUGCGGUUGGGACCCAAGAGGAUGGCGAAAUCGAUCAAAGUGGGGUGACCCAUCACUCCCCGACCCAAGUUCUUAAGAAUUUUAACGAGAUUCGUUGCCUUCGGAUCGAGCUUCCUAGUGGGGAAUUGGGUAUUGAUGAUGGGGUUUUGUUGAAAUGGCGAGCUGAUUUUGGAUCCACUUUGGAUAAUUGUGUGAUUUUGGGUGCUUCUUCGGUGAUUCAACCUGGCUCCAUCAAGUCCUCGACUCAAGAUAAUGGUAUUGAUGGAGGGCUCUGUAUUGGCAUUGGCGGCGCUAGCGAUGAUAAUGGUAGCAUACCCGAAUCCUUCUACACCAAUGGAGGUCUAAAAUUGAGAGUAGUAUGGACAAUUAGUUCGCUUAUUGCGGCUUCCGCUAGACACUAUUUGUUGCAACCAAUAAUAGCAGAUCACAAGACAUUGGAUAGUUUGGUUCUAACUGAUGCGGAUGGACAAGGGGUUCUGUGUAUGAACAAAGAUCAGCUUGAGGAGUUGAGGGUGAAGCCAUUGUCUGCUUCCACGGCUUCUAAGAGAACCCUUGUACCAGCUCUGAACAUGAGACUUUGGUAUGCCACACACUUAGAAUUGCCUAAUGGGUUAAUAUUGAAAGGCGCUACCCUGGUCGCUAUCCGACCGAGCGAACAGUCUGCAACGAAGAAGGACGUUUCUGACUGCUCCUGGGCUUCAACAGCCUUUGAAGAACCAUAUAGGACUGCUGCAAAGAUGUUAGUGAAGAGGAGAACGUAUUGCCUUGAGAUGAACUCGUUCUGAAAGUACAAAUAGUAAUUCGAGGUAUAGAAGAGAUAAGGUACAAAGGGAGGAGGAAACUGCACACCAUCAGAAAAUGAGUAUCAGGAAGAAGUUCUUACUGAUAUGCAGCCUAGGAUAAUCGAAACCAUUUUCUGAGUAGAGUGGCUAGAGAGGGGAAAGAAACGAAACGAAAACUCAUUCGUUCGCGUUCGUUUCGGUAAAAGGUGAUAGUUGAAAAUGCAUCUGCUGGUUGUUUUUGUUACAGGCAUUUGCUAUUUGAUGAUGAUGUAAAAGGUUUGAGUUUGUAGUCCCUUGAAUAUGUGAAUACUUUAGGUAAGAAGACUUGAUUAUGAUCUCAUGUGAUAUAGUUUGAAGUUUAUAAAUGUAAGGGUUUGUUAUAUGAUAAGUGUCUGAAAAACAAAUGGGAUUAGGCAUGAAGCUUUGUACACUCUGAGAACAUAUAUAUUAUGCAGAAACAGUGAUAUAUGUAGAAAGAUUGGUGAGUUUUGCCU